CCCACGACUCAUGUAUGAGCGCAAAAUACAGGGACAUUCCUCUUCCAACGGGUAACGGGUCCAAAGCCUCAAUCGUGAAUCGCGAUUCACAACGGACAACCGGAGUCCCGGCGAUCGCGACGGGGAGUGGCCGAGUGCUUCGAAGACUCGCCAGAUCGCCCAAAAUGGCGGAGUCCGAACCGCCACCACACCCCGCGACCACCCCGGCCAACGAUAACUGCCAAGUCCCUGAGAUUGAGAAUGAGAUCCCCAUUGAGAUCGUGAGCGCAGAAGAGAUGGCUCUCCUCGACGCUGCCCUUUCCGCCGCGCGCUCCUCUCUCUCCUCCGCCGUCGCCGCCGCGGCCGCCUCUUCUUCCCCGCGCUCCUCCGCCUUUGCUUCUCUGUCCUCCACUCGUUUCCAGAGAAACGUGAGGUCCAUUCAGUCCAUCACUCUCCUUUCUAAAAGGCGGAUUACAGGUUCUACAGGACCCUGUACGGUCGGAGAUAUUGAGGACUCGGGUAAUUUUGGGAGCACCCAGAAGAGGAUUAGAGCGAAUGAGUCGUUGUUGCGGAGGUUUCGGAAAAAAGGCUUGUCCGUGACAGACAUCACUGGGACGGAAUGGUGUGAAAAACAAAUGGAGUUUGUUCUUCUCUUUGGCAAGCCUAUAAAAACUAAAGCUAUGAAGGCAGGUUCUGCUCGCCAUGUGAAACUUGAAGAAGAGGUUGUAAAAAAAGUGAAAGUUCUUACCAAAUCAGUUGAAGAUGUGUGGGCGCUGAGGUUUAUAAAUUUUAUAGUUGGUGCAAAUCAAUUAAUGUUUGAGGGAUUAACACGUGAGCUGCCUGUAAUAGGCUUUGUGGAUGGUGUAUGGGUUGUAGGUGUGAUAGAUGAAAUCCGAAUGCCUGCAAUUGAAAAUGAGAGAAACCCAACAUUGGUAGACACAAAAACUCGUGUGCAAGCCACUCUUCCCGCUGAAGCACAACGGAGAAAUGGAAGGCUUCAAUUAAUGUGCUACAAGUUUUUGUGGGACAAUUUAGUUGCCGAUAACUUCCCCUCAAAACAAUUUUUUGAUUUUUUUACCCUCAAUCCCCAUUAUAUCCUCUCUGAAGAAAUAAGAAAGAAUACUGCUUUAUCAGAUUUUCCUGUACAGACUCUUAAUGAUUUAGUGAGGUACUUCAUAAACACAUGUUGCGUGCUGCCCCAAGCUCAUGGUGAGCUACUGUUGAGAUAUGAACUCCAAAAAGAUCAUUCAUUGCUUGGUGAAGAUUUUUUUUCUUAUGACUCUGAUUGGCUCAAGAAUCAGCUGCAUAGCUGUCUCGAGUUCUGGUCGGGAGAGCGAGAAGGGAGAUAUGUUCCCCGGGAAGAAUGUUGGAAAUGUCGAUUUUGUAAGUUUGCUUCCGUGUGUCCUGAAAGUACUGAUCUCAACAGCACACGAAGAUAGAAAAGCAUUCAGCAUUGUUCUCUUAUUUAACUCAAAGAGCAUUCUUCGUUUCUAGUAGUGAUGGGCUCGAUAUGCAGCAGCCUUCCUGCAAAACUGCAAAGAAUUAACACUCUUCUAUAGGAUCUUCUUUGCCAGAUGCUAUCUAGCUUCAGGCAGGCAUAUAAUCUAAUUGGUCCUCGUGUAUAUUCAUGUGUAACGUAUGUUGCAGCCUGUAUCCAUUCAUUGUUGUAACAAUGGAAUAAUUAAUUAUUAAUUUCGAUCAAUUGAAUGUGCAAUCAUAUUACUGUU